AUGGAUCGAGCAGCUGGAUCAAUCUCACAUCCACCAUACUUUGAUGGUGAGAACUAUGGCGCUUGGAAAGCAAAGAUGAAGGCUUUUCUUUGGUCACUAGAUGCGUGUGUUUGGAACACAGUAGUUUUUGGUUACUCCCCUCCAACCAAAACUAUAAUACACAAAUCAAAGAAAAUAUCUGAAGAAGGUAAGGCAGAUAGUGAUGUUGUCGCUGAGGAAGUUGUUCUCAAACCUCAUGAAGAAUGGACACUGGCUGAUCAAACUCACUCCAUGAAUAAUCAAAAAGGGUUAAACGCUCUAUUUACUGCCUUAUCUCCUGAUCAGUUUUCUAAUAUUUCAAAUUGUGAGACCUCCAAAGAGGCUUGGGAUAUCUUGCAGGUCACCUAUGAAGGAACAAAUGCUGUUAAAGAGUCAAAGCUUCAAAGGUAUGUCACUCAAUUUGAAAUUAUUAGAAUGGAAGAAGAUGAAACCUUUUCUGAUUUCUAUGCUAAGUUAAAUAGUAUCGUCAAUGCUUGUGCUAAUCUUGGGGAUAAAAUUCCUGAAUCUAGAGUUGUCAAAAAGGUUCUUAGAUCACUACCUUCUAGGUUUCAACCUAAGAAAACUGCAAUUGAAGAAGUUAGAGACUUAAACACAAUGAAAAUUGCAGAAUUAGUUGGGUCUUUGAAAACUUAUGAAAUGGAGCUUCCUACUGUGAAGAGGAGUAAAAACAUUGCCCUAAAAGCUGUAAAAGAAGAAUGUGAAGAAAGUGAGGAAAUUGGUGAUGAGGAAUUUGCUCUAAUCACUAGACAGUUUCAAAAAUUUCUCAAGAGUAAAAAUUUUAAGGGCAAAGGAACAAGUUCAGGAUCUAAAUCUUUCAAGUCAAACAAUUUUAAUUCUGAAAAAGGUUCUAGACUUAUUAAACAAACUGAGGGUCGAAAAUGCUAUGAAUGUCAGGGUUUUGGACAUGAGGCAAAAGAAUGUGCUAACACCUUGAAGAAAUUAAAAUCUGAAAAAAACAAAGCCAUGAAGAGUACUUGGAGUGACAGUGAAUCAGAUUCAGAUUCUGAAGGUGAGAUAGUUGCAUUUGUGGGAUUUGCAAAUAUCAAUGAUCUUGAGGAAUCUGAUAGUCAGGAGCUUGAUGCUGAAGAAAUACUUCAAAAAUAUAAUGAACUUUAUCAUGUCUCUGUAAAAAUUAGAAAGCAUAGUUCUGAUAUGAAAGAAAAAUUGAAAAAUCUGGAAACUGAGAAAAGUAGGAUCGAAACUGUGUUUCAAUCUCGGUUGUCUGAACUUGAGAAAGAAAAAACAAGUCAUUAA